UCGACUAAUUGGUUUGAGUCAUUUUUCAUAGAAAAGUACUAUAAAAGUACCCCAAAAUACUCUUAUUGGAGCCUCUUACAUUCAUAUAUUGGCAUAAUUUUGGGGUUUGGGAGAGACAGACCGACAUUUUUUAACAUUUUAACACAUUUUUCGAUAAAAUGAUUAGUUGACUAAUCAAAGAAAUAAUCGACAGAUUAGUCGACAAUGAAAAUAAUCGUUAGUUGCAGCCCUAUUACCAAGCUACACCCAAAAAUUGGAUCAUCCCACAGAAGGAUGGAGAGUCUCCUGCUGGCACAAGCUUGAGCGUUUCGUCCACGAGUAGAUGCACUCUUCCUUCUGAUGAUGUGGUUGGUGGGUGUAGUUUGGUAGAAAGAAAAAAAGUUCCUACAUCAAACUGAUAAAUUGUACUUUUUGGCUCUUUCAGCACCUCAAACUGAGAGGCGUCCAGUCCCACUUUGUAAGAGAGAAGGCAGACAUUUAUGGCCAAUAGCUCAUCAAAACAAUCUAGAUUGAUAAAUAGCACCACAGGUAAGAGGAAAUAUAUGUAGUUUGGAUUUUGGCGUGAACAGUCCCUUUAAAAUAUUUCUUUUUGCACAUUUAUUGAAAGUGGAAAAAAUACAGAAAUUAAUGUCAGCACACAACAAUGAUUUACAGCUGGAGUCUGUCUCUAAAACGCUAAACAGAACAUUAAAGUGACACCUGCUUCAUUGAUUCAUACAAUAGAGAUUCAGCACUAUGUUGUAUCCUCAGGUCAGUUAGGACAGCCUCAGCUUGGGCUCCAGGUUCUCUGUCUUUUUACAUGUCUUUCACAUUGAAAAAUGUAGAAAUCACUAGUUAAAGCUGCAGCAGCUGCCACUUCCAGCUGCUUGUGUGUGUUUGUGUCAUUAGAUCUUCUUUGCUUCAGGAAGAACAAGACGUACAACAGGUCAAAGGAAAACAGCUGGUGUGAGAGGUGCAUUUCCUCUCAGUGUCCCACCUGUUCUUUUAGAGCUCAGCUAACCAGUGUCCAGCUUUGCCCCCUUUAAAGUCCUACACUAGUGUCACAGAGGCUGCUUGACACAGAUAUGGAGAUAGAAAUAGCAACGGAGGACAGGCUGCCAGUUGCAUAGACGGGAAUUGCACACACACACACACACACACACACACACACACACACACAGACAAGACAAGAGGGACAGAUACAGAUUCAACAAACACAGUUUCUGUUCUGUUUUAUUAAAUUUCUCAGGAGGAGCAUGUGCAGAUUCCACAGAGAAUCUAAUGUGCACAAACGUCGGGCUGUUUUGAGUUCUUCUCAGCCAUGCAAGACAGCUCCUGAAGAAUUUAUGAUGUCAAGAAAGUUAUGUGGAGGUCUCAGUGACUGUUGCUGUGGAUCAUUUACUAGCUGAGUUGUCAUUAAUGUGGAGAUUGACAAACGGUGAUAUGAUCUCGGGCAUGAGCUGUUCCUGGAAAGUUGCUCUCGGCCACUAUCACUUAUCAAAGUGAUACACGAACCAGUUGCUCUUGAUAAUAGAACCACAAGACAUCCUGUACAGAAAGAACAAUGAGUGAGCAUGCUGUAACAUUUUCCUGAGAAGUUUCCUGACUGUAUUUUCCAUUCACUUACUGCAGUGAGGGCCAAUGGUCACUGAGCGGCUGAGGGGCAGGGGUCUAUUACUUUUCACACAACACUGUCCGUUGUUCCUCUCCUAAAGUCCCUGCCACAGGGCAGUGUGGGAAGAAGAGGAGGACAGGGGCGGGGUGUGUGUGUGUGUGUGUCAGAUUUCUCUAGAGAGGAUGGAGCGCUCUCUGUUUCCUGUUUUGCGCUGUAUACUGGUGAAAGCUCUUCCUGUUCAGUAAAGAGGGUAGGAGGUCAUCCAAAGUGCCCCUGUACACAGUAGCAGCUUCUGACUGUGGACAGUGGCUGCAGUGCAUGAACAGGAUGGCGAUUGUGUUUGUUUCUGCAUUGCCUUCCGCAGGUAUCUGAGGCCUCAGCAUGCCAGUGCCCCCUCCUCCCCCUCCGCCUCCCCUGGCUCCCCCUCCACCACCGCCGCCACCGCCGCCAAGCUCUGCCCUGCCACAGUGUCCGUCGGAGCCUCCUAAGCUCCAGUCUGGUGGAGGAGGAGGAGGAGGUGGAAGGAAUGCCCUGCUGGCCGACAUCCAGAAGGGAGCCAGACUGAAGAAAGUCACACAGGUCAACGACCGCAGUGCCCCCAUCGUUGAUAAGCCCAAGGUGGGCACUGGAGAUGUAUCCAGCAGUGUUGGUGCUUCUCAGGGCUCAUCAGGAGGGAUGGCACCUGCGGGGCCCACUUUGGGUGGGCUCUUUGCUGGAGGGUUCCCCACUCUCAGGCCUAUAGGACAAAGAGAUGUAGUAGGCAAGACUCCAGUGUCACGGUCAAGCUCCUCAGCCUCCCUGAAGCCUCAGUGGAACGCCCCCACCCCAGCAGACAUGAGCAGCGUCUCCGAACCUCACAGGACGUUGGAGCUCCGAAGCUCCGUCCAUCGUCAACUGGCUCCCUCGUCCUCUGCUCCUCCCUCCCCAUCGCACAGCAGCAGACACUUACCUCCUUUCCCUACCUCCUCUCCCCCUCCCCCUCCACCUCCACCGGCUCCACCCUCUGCCCUCCCCCCGCCUCCCCCACCCCAAGCCUUCCAGGACCGGCCGGCUAAUAAGCCACCGCCUCUCCCCUCCUGCCCUCCUCCUCCCCCUCCAUCUCAGGUCACAAAGCCCACCUGGCUCCCCAUCCAGCACUCCUACCACACCACCAUCUCCCAGCCUUCUACUCCUCCUCCUCCACCUCCUCCUCCACCUUUCCAACCUCCCUCUGCUGUUCCAGGGGACCGCUCCUCAGGGUGCUUCUAUCCUCCACCCCCAGUCCAUUCUGAGCCUUCCAGGUUCCCCAUCCUGCGAGACAGCCCACUGGGACCUCCUCCUCCACCUCCUCCCCCACCCCUCCCGGCUUCUUUCACCCCCAGUUGCCCAUCCACCCUACCUCCUCCACCACCCAAGGUGGCUGCAGUGCCCUCGCCGACCAUGCGCUCUUUGCCUCCCUCGUACCCCUGCAAUGCUCCCACCAGACGGCCACCUGCUGUACCCAGAAGUGCAGGAGUGGGUCGCCUAGCUCCUCCUCCAGCUCCCCCGGCACGUUCCCCCUCUACUGAGCUGUCCAGCCGCAUUCCUCCCCCUCCACCACCACCUCCUCUGCCGCCAUCAAGUCUCAGGAAUGGACACCUGCACAGCCUGGCAGAUGACUUUGAAUCCAAGUUCCAGUUCCACCCCGUAGAGGACUUCCCCCCUCCGGAAGAAUUCAAGCCUUUCCCUCGGAUCUACCCCAGCAAAGAAAACAGAGUGAACCCCAAACCACCUGGGAUUAGGACACACCUCAGAUGAGUCAAGGCCUCACCCUGUUCUUCACCGCCCCCCCCCCAACACACACAUAUCAGACAGUCCUCAGACAGACUCAGUCCUCCUCCUCAUGACAAUAACAUAACUGCCAUGGACGUGUUUGGAUGCAGGCUCUGUGUGUGUGUGUUGUUUGUGUUGAGUGUAUUUGUGUGUGUGCGUGUAUAUGUGAGUGUCAAACAGGGUCCCGCCUUAUACUGACUAUGUGACCUCCGACCUUUUCCAGUGUGGAAUGUUUUGAAUGUUUGUGAGGAGGAGGGCUCUCCCUACUCAUACUCAUAAGUUACAUACAGACUAUACACACACACACACACACACACACACACACUCUCUCUCCAGGGACAGUGUCUACCAGCAGCUAUAUUUAUCAUGACUCGUGACACAGUUUGUGAGCAUUUCAGGAUCUACAUACAGGACAGAAUAUCUUAAUCUGAUGUCAUGAUCUGUUCCUUGAUACAGUAGCACUUUUAAAGUCGGCAUUUAACCCAGAAAUGUUCUUAAACACACAGAUAAGACAGUAAAGCUUUUAUUAAAGACAGUUUAUGCAAGACUGAGGUCCUAAGAAGUUCAGUAGGUAACUUUUGUCAUAAUAACUUUUUGUCAUAUUUGCUGAAACUGGCACUAUAUCCUGACGGUAGUAUAUGAGAGAGAUUAUCUAUAAGAAAAAAAAGGGUUCCUCUGACUCCUCCUAGUGUUCCUAAUGACCUCAGUUUUGGUUUUGUAUCUGUCUCAUGUACUACUGUCAGGGUAUAGUGACAGUUUCAGCAAAGAUGCAGAGAUGGGACAGUUUUUUUUUCCUACUGUAGCUUUACGUGCUUGUAAUGUUCUCCCUUAACGGUUUGUUCAAGCAGGACAAUCCUCUCAAGAUCUGUUUUUCUUUCUUAUGGGAAUUCAGCGACCUAUAUAGCCACUGUUAGCAGGAGACUAUGUAAACCUCAUACAACUCAAUGUGAAAACAGACUUUACUGCAGGAUGUGCUAACCUUGGGGGUUCAUAAAUCCUUGUACAGUACAUAUAGUGGUGCUCUCCAGUGUUUAUGUAAUUAUUUUUGUAUGUUGAAAAUGCAUCCAUAUAAGUGUAGAAGAGAACAUACUAACAUUUUACAAAUUAUGGGAAUGUGUCUAAGUUACACUGUUAUGAAUAGAUAAUGAAUGAAUGAGGUGUAGUGUUUCCUCUCUCACUGUAUUAACCAAUACUAACACCUGUGAAGACAGUGCCACCUGCUGGUUCAAUGUGUAAAGUAUUACAAGGUGUGACCACCAAAUAAACCACAGUAUUUUGUUCUAAAAA